AUGACACCAAGAAGAUCAAGAAAAAGAAGACUAGAAGAACUGAGGGCCGCUGCGACUGCAGAAAGUGUACCACCCGACCUGCCAAAGGCCGUCCACCCCGACGACUAUGUGCUGCGCCGGAUCGCACGCUUCCAUAACGUCCUCACCACCGUGAGAGCCGACGAGCCCGUCGAAUGGGAGGGCCGCCCGGAGGAGUUCCUGCACUACAUCGAUCCUUUUUCCUGUCACCCUCUCCAGCGUCCUCCUCUGAGAAGAUUUCAAGAACUGGGUAAGGAGGAGCAACGCGCGGCGGCGCUGUACGCGAGGCUCUUCUCCGGCGCCCGUGGGAGCAUUGCGGCGGAGCCCCUCAGUGGGGCGUUCCUCUCCCAGCUUCUGUACGACUGCUUGGCCGUCUCCGACGGCGAGCCGCCGGACUUCGAGACGGGGUUCCUCCCACGCGUCGUCCCCAGCUCCGGUGGUUCCCACCCCACCGUCGCCCACAUCAUCACCCCCGCCGUCGCUGGCUUCCUCCCUUUCCCGUGCGUCGCCCACUACUCGCCGGAGGACCACGCCCUCGAGGUCCGAGCGGUGAUCGACCCCGGUUUCUUCGCGAAGCUCCCCGACGGCGUCAUCCUCGUCGGGCUCUGCACAAUCUACGCUCGCGAGACCUGGCGGCAUGGGAACCGGGCCUUCCGCUACUGCCACCUCGACAUCGGGCACGCCAUCGCCGCAGUCGCGUUUGCGGCGGCGGCGCUCGGGUGGGACGCCCGCGUAAUCGAAGGCCUGGGGCAGCGGGCCAUGGAGAGGUUGAUGGGUUUGGAUCCCUUCCGGCCGUCGACGUGCUCCCGCGGCAAGCAGAGGUUCGGCAGGUUCAUUGAAGUCGAGAAGCAGGACCCCGCCUGCGUCCUCAUCGUUUUCCCCAACACCGUCUCCGACUUCUGCAUCGACCAUGUCGCCCUGUGCGCCCAUAUCGAGGAGCAUUUCGGUCACAUGGACUGGUUCAUGGGGGGAUUCCCGGCUCCCCUCAUCAAGGGGAAGCAUGUGGUCUACAACGAGGUUUACAGAACCACCAAAGACGUGGAGAAUUACCCCUGUACGUUCAGGCUCGUCGUACCGAGGCUCAGGUUUCCAGCGAGCUGCUCGAUUUCAGAGAUUAUUGGGCACGAGACCCUGAUGGCGAGGGAGGUCAUCAGGAAUCGCAGGAGCUCUUCUUCCAUGGACCCCACCUAUGAGAUGGAGGCCGCGACCUUCUACAACUUCCUCCACCGCUGCCUCCCGACUGGUUCUCCUUAUCCGCCGAACGAGCAGACGGCGCAGGAUGCCUUCCCGUUCGUGGUUCUGCCGUGGAAUAGCAGGAUGAAUGCCUUCAUCGUAGUCCACAGGGUGAAGACGCUGCCCAAAGGCCUGUACUGCCUGGCGAGGAACGAGGACCAUCUCGGUGUCCUACAGAGAAGGACUCAGUCGAUCUUCCUGUGGCACCAGAAUAAUGAAUGCGUGGAGAUGAGGCUCCCUCUAUAUGCUCUUCUUCCCUGGGACAUGGCGCAGAGAGUAGCAGAAAUAGCAUUCAACGAGGUGUGUCGCCAAUCAUCUUCUCCCCCCCCCCUUGUCCCCUCCCUUGUCCCUGCUUUUUCCUUCUUCGAUCAAAUUGGUGCUGCUAACUAAUCUUUGUCCGUUUCGAACGCAGCCGGUUGCGGUGGACGGCUGUUUUACCAUGAUGAUUGUGGGACCGUUUGGUGAAAUGGAUUACGAGUUCUGGCUGUAUCCUCAAUUCUUCUGGGAGGCCGGCGUUCUUGGCCAUCUUCUCUCGCUGGACGCUGAGGCGCUCGGCCUAUGUGGCCGUGGGAUCGGUUCUUUCUUCGAUAACAAGGGUGCGCCUUCUCCCUUUUUCUCCAUCAUUUGUAUCAAGGAGCGCCCUUGAGUACCCAAGAAAUUGAAGAUCUCUCUUACUAUGCUUAUCCCCUCUUGAGAUAUCCAGCCAAGGAGCUUCUCACUGGUGAGAGCGGAUUCUUCCAAACAAUCUACCUCUACAGCGUUGGAAAACCUCUUUCGGGAGGAGGCCAGGUGGGUCUCUCUACUGCACUGAAUGCUCUUUCCUCCGCCGAGCUCUUCUUGCAAAUGUUCAUCGCAGGUGCAGAAUCCUCAUGCACGAGGCGGAGAGGCCCCCUGAGGGAGGAAGACUGGCCGGGCUUCGGAGGGAAGAAGGCCUUCCUCUUCUACCUGUUCCGUUCCAAGCGGGGAAGAAGGAUUUGA